CUCUACUACAGGACCAGCACAGGUUAACUGAACAACUGGACUCAGCAGAGGUGGCAGCUGCUGUGAGCCUCCUGCAAGUAAGGACCACACAGCCCCAUGGACGUGCAGAUGCAGUGAGAAGUUGAUCCUUACCAACAAGCAGACCUUGUUUUUCUCUCCCUAAGCACCAGCUGGGCCACUUGGAUCACCACCUUUAACUGUCAAGCCUUUAUCUUCUAUGAACCAACAUGGAAAGCAAUCUUAAGAAUGUUCUUGUCAUUUCUUUUGGAUUUUUACUUCUAUUUACUGCUUAUGGAGGGCUGCAGAGUCUGCAGAGCAGUCUCCACUCUGAAGAAGGUCUUGGCGUUGCCUCACUAAGUGUUAUCUAUGCAGCUCUCAUCCUCUCUUCCAUGUUUCUCCCUCCAAUCCUCAUUAAGAAGCUGGGCUGCAAAUGGACCCUUGCAGGCUCCAUGUGCUGCUACAUCGCAUACUCCUUGGGCAACUUCUAUGCCAGCUGGUACACGCUAAUCCCUACCUCCAUAAUCCUGGGACUUGGGGGAGCCCCUCUCUGGUCUGCUAAAUGCACCUAUCUUACAAUAGCCGGCAAUUUGUAUGCCCAAAAGGCAGGGAAAAUUGGAAGAGACGUCAUCAAUCAGUAUUUUGGGCUCUUCUUUCUCAUAUUCCAGUCUUCUGGAGUCUGGGGAAAUCUUAUUUCAUCUUUGAUAUUUGGCCAGACUACCACCACAGUAGCGGAAGUCUCAGCAGAAGACCUGAUGUGCUGUGGAGCAUAUGACUGCAUGACAAAUGCUACAACUAACACCACUGCAUCGAGUGGGCCAACCAAGACCUUAAUCUACAUCCUGUUGGGUGUCUACACUGGUAGUGGUGUGAUAGCUGUGCUGCUGAUUGCUCUAUUUCUGGAUCAAAUCAAAGCCAACCAAGCAGAGAGUGAGACAGAAAAGAUGCAGACACAGUCCUUUUGGUCCACAUUCCUAGCAACUUUCCAGCAUCUUAAAGAUAAGCGACAGUGUCUCCUAAUCCCUCUGACAAUGUACAGUGGGUUUGAACAGGCAUUCCUUGCUGGUGACUAUACAAAGGCAUAUGUGACCUGUGCCCUGGGGAUACAUUUUGUUGGUUAUGUGAUGAUCUCCUUUUCAGCUGCAAAUUCGUUCUGCUCUCUGUUCUUUGGAAAGAUUUCCCAGUUUACUGGCAGAAAAGCCCUAUUUGCAUUAGCUACAAUUACAAACCUUGCCUGUAUAAUAGCACUAUUGCUGUGGAAACCUCACCCAAACCAACUUGCUGUAUUCUUCAUAUUCCCUGCUCUUUGGGGCCUAGCUGAUGCCAUCUGGCAGACGCAAACCAACGCACUCUAUGGAGUUUUAUUUGAGAAGCACAAAGAGGCAGCCUUUGCUAAUUAUCGACUCUGGGAGUCAUUGGGAUUUGUCAUCGCCUUUGGAUACAGCACCUUCUUACAUGUUUAUGUCAAACUGUACAUCGUAAUGGCUGUGCUGGUGGUGGCUAUAGUGAUGUAUGGGGCACUUGAAUACCUGGAAGCAAAGGACUUGCCUGGAACACCUACCACUGUGAAGGAGGAAAUAACAGGAUCUGUAGUCCAGCAAACACGCCUUUAAACCCAACAGGAUCAGAGCGGUGGAAACAAAGAAUGCUGGGCAGCUCAGCACAACUGAUUUCUUUAAGGGAGAUUCAAAGUGUUCAGUCAGAUUUUAGAAGAAUAUAAAAGAACUGUUUUCCCAGUCAGGCUAAUAUAAAGAAAUAGGAAUAAAUCUCCUUUCAUACCUCUGGUUUUUAAAAGAUUAUCUGACUUUGUCAUUUCAC